CCAGGUUUCUUUUUCACAAGUAAGCCCCGUAUUUAUAGGCGUGUCAACAGAGUUUAAAUACUUCAGCGUAAUUCGUUGCUUAUACUUUUUCACGAGGGUGAAAGAAUCACAUAGGCUACUGCGUGGUGUCUUGAACUUUACAAAAUGGCAAACACAGAUCAACUUGAUAAUGACAAUGUCUUUUCCGUGGGUGUAAGUUCAUAUGGAGGAGAGGAGGUCAGUCAUGAUGGACACAUUAACAUACAAGACCUGACAAUCAUGAUUGAGGAAAAUGCAUCUCAAAUUCGUAACGAUUUUUUACAAAUAAAUAGAAACUAUAAUUUAAGGAUUCUCGACUAUCUGUCAAAAGAAAUCCCUGAUUAUCCAACCCCUGUUGAGUUUCACAUCUCUGAGGUGACUCAUGUCACUAACAAACAUGGUUUUCAGGAAAUCUUGAAUUCAGAGGGAUUCAAGGCAAGAGAAUAUAAAGAUGAUACGUUCUCAUGGUGGAGCCUGAAGAUCAAUGAAGAGAAUAUAAAUGAAGCCGAGGAGCGUUAUCUAGAGGAGAUGUUCCCAGACAGAACCCAAGAGCAAAGAGAAAAUCAGGAGACAUUCCUGAAUAAAUUCACAACAUCACCUGCAUUCGACAUUCAGAAAUCACGCUAUGGUAACUUUCGGUUCACAUUUCCUCUGAAUGAACUGAUGGAAGCAUACAAGAAUCAAAAGUGUGGAGUGAAAGAUCCGGUUCUCAGGGCAUACAAGACCACAUUUUAUAAACAAGAGAUUAUGUAUGUUGUUCUCAUUCACAGCCCAGAGGACAAUGAGAAGUUUGAGAAAUUCCCAGAGAUUGAAUCCAGUUUAUUAUUUGAUUAUAAUAAUGAUACAAUUAUCUGGAAAGCACAAGCAAUUUGUGAAAACCAUGAAUAUCAGUUGCUAUUGGAUGAAGAGAAUAGAAUAGCAGAGACUGAACAUAUUAUCAACCAGUUCUACGUGUGGGAUCAUGUUGCCUUGGCGUUUCACUUCAACGGAGUUCUACAUUUCCCUAAAGAAAAGCUUAAAGAGAGCAUCACCUGUUGUGAAAUAGACACAAUAAACCUUUCACGAAGUGAGCGCUUGUCACUUGAAGAAGCUGAAGAAAUAAAACACCAUUAUACUUCCAUGUAAACCUAGGACAAUCAUGAAAUGACCCAUGACAUAUCCAGUUCACAUGCACUGUGUGAUGAAUGAAACAUACUGAAAAACAUAUGUUAAUCAUGUUAGGAAGAGUUUCUACAAUCUUUUUUAAAUAACCAAUCAGAAUCUUAGAAAAACUAAAGAUGAUGUAGCCUACAUAAAUUCUUGUGUAUACAGUAUGCCUGUAAUAAAUUUCUUUGUAUUGAGUUUCUCAGUAUGUUAAAUAAGUGAACUCAAACUCAUCACAAGCAUCUCCAAUAAUCCUAAAUUGCUGUUUGUUUGAUUUAUAAUGUAAUUAUAAUGUAUAAUGUUUUACUAAUAAAUAAGACAUUUUAUUGUUACUACACUGUAAAAAAAUGCAGCAUUUUUGUAACACCAAUAUAUAUUUUUAUGCUACUUUAACUUAAAAAGUUAAGUUAAACAACUUCAACUAUAGUUUUUGUAUGUUUUGUCAACUAUUUACCGGUCAAAACUUAAAAUAAAACUGCUCAAGUGUUUUUAUAGGUCCACAGGUAUAUCACUGUAAAAAAAUUCUGUAGAAUUUACAGUACUGGGUAUUACUGGCAAAUAGCUGUCAGUAACUUACUGUACAUUUUACAUUUAUGUUAUUUACUGGCAACAGUUUAUUCAAAAUUAAAUGAACAUGAGACAUUUUCAGUCUUUAUCUUCUACAGUAGAUGCAACUUACUGGCAACCAGCUGCAUAAUUACAGCACUUUUUUACAGUGAGCAGGGCCGGUUCUAGAUAUUUGGAGGCCCUAUAGGCAAAAUUUAUGUUGGAGGCCCCUCACACCCCUCUAAUUUUCAGAAUAAUGUGAGAACGUGUUUUUCUACUGCGUAAGAAAUCAGAUGAGCACUACUAAUAAACAUUUUU